CAGGCCAUCCAUCUGUGUCCACAGAGGGGAGGACUUGGUUGGGUUGACCAGGAACCAAGCUUGAGCACACCAGUUUAGAAUCUGACUUUCAGGCUGAUGAAAGACCUGGUUUUAAACCUUUAUUUUACAAUCGAUUCCCGGGCGUCUAUGUUAAACAGGAAAAGUGAAACGAACAUCUAUACCACCCAUCUUUCUCCUUUCAUAUUGGAUGGCUAAACGAAGCGGUUUUCCCAACCUUCUUGAUAUGAGGAAGGCUGCAUCUUCCCAGUCAAGACAGGAAGCGUUAGGGAUUUUUUUUGGAUUAAAGCAGCGUGGGCCCUUUAAGAGAAGCCAGCAAAGCAUUCAGUGCUUUUGGUGCUGCUGCUGAUGGCAGCGCUGCCAGUUGAUUGGCUGUGGCUGUCAGGGCUGAGGUGCUGGAGGGAUGCUGCUGCGUAUCUUCCUCUCGCUCUCGCUCUCUCUCACCCCUCCCUCUCGCUCUCGCUCCCUCUCUCUCUCUCUCCCUCUCUCUCUCUCCCUCUUUCCCUGCCUCUCUGUGUCUCUCGCCCGCUCUAUGUCCCUCCCACCCUCUCCCGCUCCAUCUCUCGCUUGUUCGCAUCCCUCUGAAUAAUCCACAUCUAGGGCAAGCAGGCUGAUAGGCAGACCCGCGCGCAGCUCCUCUCUGCAGGCUGAGUCAAGAGAGAGAAAGGAGGAGAAACGCUGCUCAACGCAGGAGGAAAAAAAAAACACCGCAAAGGGAGACAAUUUGGCAUAAAAGAGGAAGGUAUUGAGAAAUAAUUACUGGGAACAUUUGCAACAGAGGAUAUCAUUUAUACAUACAUAUUGUUUCUAUACAUAUAUAUUUGUACACACGUAUUAUAGAUAUUUAUAUAAAUAUAUAUAGACAUUUAUCUCUGUAUAUACCUGUAUUUGUGGUUGUCUGUUUAUAUAUGUUAAUAUUUUUAUAUGUAUUUGUGUGUGUAAAUAUAUAUGAUAUAUAAACAAAUCAAUAUAUAUAUCUAUGAAUUUCUAUACAUAUCACUGUGAAACAAGAACAGCAAGAGGAGCAUACUACCAUCGGGGCUGGUCUCUGAUCGUGAGGUCGUAUACAAUAUUUUGAAUAUUUUUACUUUGAUCUUCUACGUCAAGAGGACGAAGACUACGUGACCAUUUUUUGAUUUUUUUUUCCUUUCUUGUUUCUCCUGUCGCGACUUCCUUCGCUCCUCCUUGCUCCACUCCCGCUUUCAUUUUUCCGAGGAGGAAUAAAAAAAAAAAAGACGCCAGACAAAAACGGACUAACUAAAGAAUCACGGGACGAGGGAACCAGAAAACAGAAUCGGAAGGAAGAAAGCGAAGAAAAAUCGGGGCUGAAAUUCCUGUGAUUAGCGCCAUUAGCGUCGGCAUUAGGGCUUGUUGAGCCGAUCGCAGUGCGCUCUCUCUCUCUUUCUCUCGCUCUCCCUCUAGCUCUCUCUCUCUCUCUCUCUCUCUCUCUCUCUCUCUCUCUCUCUCUCUCUCGCGCUGUGUGUGUGUGUGUGAUCUCAGGACGAGGCGGGCAAGAGACCCCGAGUGCGGCGCCGCUCAGCCCCAGCUCAGCCCAUCGCCCGACGGCGGCGCAGCAAGCAUGCACAAACACCACCACUGCUGCAAGUGCCCCGAGUGUUACGAGGUGACCCGCAUGGCCGCCCUGCGCAGGAUGGACGCCCCGCCGUACGCCGGAGACUGGCAGGCUGAGCCCUACGGAUACCCGGCCGGGUACGGGGGAGGCCAGACCCUGCCGCCCCCGGCCUCAGGGGGAGGUGCAGGCAUGGGAGGAGGAGGAGGAGGAGGAGGAGGAGGUGGAGGAGGAGGAGGAGGAGGAGGAGGAGGAGGAGGGGGCACUUUGGGGAGAAGUAAGGGCAAGAACAUGUCAGCCGGAGGAGGUCCUGGCGGCCCCAACCCCAAGGGUCAGUCCAAGGGGGGGCCCAAAGUAAAUGGCAACAACUCUGGAGGGCAAGGCGCGUGGUGGCCGGAGUGUACGUGUACCAGCCGGGAGUGGUACGACCAGGCCAACCCUCCCCCCAUCAUUGUCAACGCAGACUCAAUGGAUGCCGGCCCUUAUGUAAAUGGCAGUGACGGGAUGUAUAAAUAUGAAGAGAUCAUCCUGGAGCGGGGUAACUCUGGCCUGGGCUUCAGCAUUGCUGGGGGAAUGGACAAUCCACACAUCCCCGAUGACCCAGGAAUCUUCAUCACCAAGAUUAUACCCGGAGGAGCCGCCGCCAUGGACGGCCGACUGGGGGUGAACGACUGCGUGCUGCGGGUCAACGAGGUGGACGUGUCCGAGGUGGUGCACAGCCGGGCGGUGGAGGCCCUGAAGGAGGCGGGCCCCGUGGUGCGCCUCUUGGUGCGGCGGCGCCAGGCCCCGCCCGAGACCAUCCUGGAGGUCAACCUGCUGAAGGGGCCGAAAGGCCUGGGGUUCAGCAUCGCGGGAGGGAUCGGUAACCAACACAUCCCCGGGGACAACAGCAUCUACAUCACCAAGAUCAUCGAGGGAGGGGCGGCGCAGAAGGACGGCCGCCUGCAGACGGGAGACCGCCUGCUCGCUGUGAACAACAUCAUCCUGCAGGAUGUGCGUCACGAGGAGGCGGUGGCUGCGCUCAAGAACACCUCGGACAUGGUGUACCUCAAGGUGGCCAAGUCGGGCCCCGUGCACCUCAACGACAUGUACGCUCCCCCGGACUACUCAAGCAGCAUGGCCCUCCCCCCAGCCUUCCCGACCCUGGUGGAGAACCACGUGGGCCACGGCUACAUGGGGGCCAUGGAGCCCAAGCAGGUGUACCAGGCCCCGCCCCAGGGGGGCGGGGUCACACCCUCUAGGUACUCCCCGGUCCCCCGCCACAUGCUGGGAGAGGAGGACUUCACCAGUCCCGCCCCGCGUCCUGACGUUGUCGCUCUGUUUGGCAGGGAGCCACGGAAGGUGCUUUUGCACAAGGGCUCCACAGGGCUGGGCUUCAACAUCGUGGGCGGCGAGGACGGCGAGGGCAUCUUCGUCUCCUUCAUCCUGGCCGGGGGGCCGGCCGACCUCAGCGGCGAGCUGAGGCGGGGGGAUCGCAUCCUCUCAGUGAACGGGGUGAACCUGAGGAAUGCGACGCACGAGCAGGCGGCAGCGGCUCUGAAGCGGGCAGGGCAGACUGUCACCAUUAUCGCUCAGUAUCGCCCUGAAGAGUACAGCCGCUUUGAGUCCAAGAUCCACGACUUGAGGGAACAGAUGAUGAACAGCAGCAUGAGCUCUGGAUCAGGCUCCCUGCGCACCAGUGAGAAGCGCUCCCUUUAUGUCAGAGCCCUGUUUGACUAUGACCGCACCAGGGACAGCUGUCUGCCCAGCCAGGGUCUGAGCUUCUCGUACGGGGACAUCCUCCACGUCAUCAACGCCUCUGAUGAUGAGUGGUGGCAGGCGCGGCUCGUCACGCCACACGGCGAGAGCGACCAGAUCGGGGUCAUUCCCAGCAAGAAAAGAGUGGAGAAGAAGGAGCGGGCCAGGUUAAAAACUGUCAAGUUUCACGCACGGACGGGGAUGAUUGAGUCCAACAGGCAUCCAGUCAAAGUAAAGCGCAAAAAAAGUUUCAACCUCUCGCGCAAAUUCCCUUUUUACAAGAGCAAGGAGAAUAUUGUGCAGGAGAUGGUGGAUGCUGAACAAUGCCUGACGUCCAACACGAGCGACAGCGAGAGCAGCUCAAAGGGCCAGGAGGACACAAUUCUUUCAUAUGAGCCAGUCAUUCGACAGGAAAUCCACUACACGAGACCUGUGAUCAUCCUGGGGCCGAUGAAGGACCGGGUAAACGAUGACCUCAUCUCCGAGUUCCCCCACAAGUUUGGCUCCUGCGUGCCGCACACGACCCGUCCGCGGCGAGAGAACGAGAUGGACGGCCAGGACUACCACUUUGUGGGCUCCCGCGAGCAGAUGGAGAAGGACAUCCAGGACAAUAAGUUCAUUGAGGCAGGCCAGUUCAACGAGAACCUCUACGGGACAAGCAUCCUGUCGGUCAGAGCCGUGGCAGAACGGGGGAAACACUGCAUUCUUGAUGUAUCUGGGAACGCUAUAAAGCGACUGCAACAAGCACAACUAUAUCCUAUCGCCAUCUUCAUUAAACCAAAAUCUGUUGAAGCCCUGAUGGAAAUGAAUAAGAGGCAGACGUAUGAGCAGGCCAAUAAAGUCUUUGACAAGGCAAUUAAACUGGAGCAGGAGUUCGGAGAGUAUUUCACAGCCAUUGUACAGGGUGACUCGUUAGAGGAGAUCUACAACAAAAUCAAGCUCAUCAUCGAGGAGCAGUCGGGCCCCUACAUCUGGAUCCCUUCCUCCGAGAAGCUCUGAGCUGCCAGCUCCCUGCCCCCCCCACCUACACCCCACCACCACCACCACCACCUCCUCCUCCAGCACCACCCCUGCUUCUGUGCAGAACUCCCAUCCUGAAGAAAAAACCCUGUCUCCCAAUCCCCCCCCCCCAAAACUAAAUUACUUCCCCCUUCCCCAUUUUUUGCAGAUAAGUUUCAUAUCAAGUUUUAGUGUCCUCAUUAUGUUAUUCGCUAAUGGGAAGAUAAAAAAAAGUCUUAUCACCAUUACUGUGACUGUGCACACCCCUGCAUGAGUUUCUCAACAGAUCCAUUCAAGACUGGAAAUGCCACUCCGAAUGAAUUUUGUCAUUUUAAAAACAACGAAAAGGGAAAAAAGGAACAAAUCCUUUUUUGUUUUCAGAUUUUUGUCCUUUUUUUAAAACGACUGGGACUGACUACGAAGACCAGAAUGUUUUACAGAAUUCGUGAGAAUGCUUGAAGAGUUGCGGUGGUGAAGAGAGGGGAGAGAGAACAGAGUCUAACCAUAAAACGUUGGAACACUUUGUAAAUGUUCAUCAAAUCACACUAAAUAAAAAAACAAAAAGAAAAGACACACACGUGAGUGGAAAAACCAAUUGCAGAUUUUCUUUUUCUAAAAGGACUGGAUGAAAUCGCGGCCAGCUGAUGCUACUGUUUAAGGAGUCGUCUCUCUUUUGUUUAUAAUGACUGAGGAAGUUGGUGAAGAAGCCUACAAACUGGGGAUCUAUUUAUCAUUAACCAGUCGGGUCGUCUGCCAGUUGCCUGUGUAAAAAUACACCAUGUGAGGCGGCGCAAAAGGAACGAAAUGAGUUGUGAAUCUCUACAUUUAUAUUAUUAUUAAAAAAAAAUCACAAGCUAAAUGAUAAAAUCCUUCUAAGAUUUUACUACAUAUUCAAAACUACACAUUUACACUUCACUAGAAUUGUCUACUUGGAGGGCUCUUAGAGUAAAACAUUUUUGUUUGUUUUUAUUUUGGAUGUUUUUUGGGGGAUUUUGCUUGUGGGUUAGGGCUGCUGUGUAAAGGACGAGGGGGGGAGAGAUGUGUAACUGGGCUCUGCAAAACACCAAACUGCCUUACAUCAAAUACAAAUUAUGUUUCCUGGCUACCUGGUCUCUAUUAGGGGAGGACACACACACGCAACCGGCAAAACACAGGAAAUGUUCUUGAAUUUCCUCUUUUGUGUUGCUGCGUCCUUCACACUUCCGGGAGGCCGUACUAGAGUGCAAUAGAUUGAAAUGCAGUCUCCACUCUGUUCUCACUUGUAUUUUACCCUGUAUUAUUACUAUCAUGUUUAAUCCCGUUCUUUACUUUUUCUGGUACAUUUGAAGAAAAACGUUUAAAAGAAAAAAACGAAAGAAAUCCCCAACUUGAUUUGAAUUUGGAUCGCCAGAUCAGCAUUCACAUGGGCCCCAGUUGAGCAGCAGAUUCCCCAUUACACACUCUGCCUUCCCAGAUGAUUCUUCUCUGAGUUGAGUGGUCACGCGGCACUGUCCUGUACGCCACCAUGGCGGUGGCCUUUAAAAGAAAACGCAACAAACGGGUAGUAAAAUAAACAAUAAUUGUAUUGGAUGUGUUAUCAAUUAAAAGAGUCGAUAUAUAUAACCUGUUCUGGGUCGUGGUCCCCCCUCUUCCCCCUUUCUACCCCUACUUAAAACACUAAAGAUGGGUUGGAUUAAAACCAUUAUUCUCUAUCGAUACCAGUAUGAAUUCUUUGUAUUUGACUUGGGAGGCGUUGGGGUAAAGCCCCUACGGUGUGUGUGUGUGGGGGGGGGGGGGGGGGGGGUUUGGUGAGCCAGGUAGGCUGAAGUACAGAUACUCCGAUUUCAGAUUUCUCCUGCAACUCUCUUCAUAUUUCAUACCCAUUAUGAAAUGUGUGCUGUCUUAAAAGGUUGUCUUCUGCUACUGCUUUCGAAUCUUGUCUUAGUUUUUGGUUUCUUCAGCUGUGGUGAAAGCUUUGUGUGAAGAUGCAUGAGUGUGGGCGGUCUGAUAGCAACGUGAUUGAAGCGACCAGUGAUAUUUGCGUGCGGGUGGGCCCGUGACGUGGCCGUGAUGUGCUCAUGUGAAGAACACGUGUCGGCUUGUGAUGAAGGAAUACUGUGCCCUCCCCCAUCCCCUGUGAACCAACAGUUUACAUUUAUUUUCCCCGAGAGCAAAAAAAAAUGCUUCUGUUUUUUGGUCUCAUAAGAGCAAGUCCCACUGCAAGGAGAAAAAGAAACGGUAACCCUUAACUCUACUUGGGCGACCCUCACUCCCCCCCCCCCCUCCACCCGCGGAGUACCUGUAUACCUGCAGGCAUUUUCUGAACAGUGUGCCCACCUGCCAGGCUACUACCACCGCUUAACCAGCUAUCAUCACCUGUGUCAAAACCAGAGUUCAGGGAAAAUCCGACGGGAACAGAGCCAUUUAUAAACUGCUUGCAGACUGUUUCAACAACAUAAAGGGUGUGGUAGCUGUACAAUGUAAAUAAACCCCCAGCAGACAUCCCCUCACCUGUGCUUCAUGCAUGUGGGAAUCAGACUGGGACAUGUUUUAUAGUCCACAAAUGUCAGGUAAGUAAACUUUGAGCUACUCUGAGAUAUAAUUUCCAUAACAAUGUGCCGUAUCGUUGGUAUUUAUCUAUAGACGAAUCUCUUCAGAUGCCUAUUGGAACACUAAGCUAGUCGGCUGGGAAUUUAAUUCCCUCAAGUAGGGCCUGUCUAAAUGUGAUUUCCUGUGGAACGUGUCUGGGUGUAUAGAUUUUAAAAUUAUAUAUAUGUAUGAAUACUGAAAAGGGUGACACGAUCAGAAAACCUACAUAACAAAUAUCAAGAGGCCAGGAGCAGCGACCAGUAUCUCAUUUAGACAUUUAGAAACGUGCUCCUCUGGUGUUUCCGUUCCAAUACAGCUGACUGUUAAAUAUGUGUGUAUGUCAGUCAGCCAUGUCGAAGCCCAAAGAACUUGAUUUCAUUUUACUCUUUUAACGGAGGUUGUGGUAUAUAACGAAAUGGAGCCCGAAUGCCUGUGUAUAAUUGAUGAGGGUCCUUGUUCUGGUGAGAGAGAAAUAACAUGCUUCUAUUUUUAAUUUAACAUUUCUUUGGGGAGGGAAGGUGGGUUGGUUAUCAUUGGUCGUUAUUGGGGUAAUGAGUUGUUUAUGUUAGAGCACAUAUGUGCAGUAAGUGCUUGCAAACAUGAACCCUUUGAUUGUACAGUAGUUUUCCUUCCUGUCUGUGCGGGUGGCACAGCCAAUCAGGACUCUGCGUCACGGUCUUCCCUGUCCUAGUCAUGAGGGAACUCAGUCAUGCUACUUUUGUUUGGGUUUUAAUUUUUGGGAAUUGACCAGAGUUUAUUUGUUUGGAAAUAAUAAAAUAUGUGACUCGGUUA